AAUUCGGUUCAUCCUCAUUGAGAAGUCUGAACAAUGGUGAGUGAACAUUCACGGGACAGAGCGCGCUAUGACAAGCACACAGUGAGAAGAGCCGGCAUGGAUAGUCUUGUUGCUCCGCUUGUUGCCCAGUAUCUUACGAUGGGCUACCAGUCAAAAGAGAAUGACCAGUGUGGAAAUGCGAGUUUAGGAACAAGCGGGAAGGAAAAAGAAAAUACGCGCCUCUCUUCAGGAUGUCCCUCUGCGUCCAAGGUCGCCUCUCACUUACGACCCCAUCGCAACAGGCCUAGCUUGGCCCAGAUUACACAGGUCAAGGUCAUGAUGUCCCUGGGUCAGUUCACCAAGGGGGCCAGCUGGGAGGAGCUGCUGCAGGCCUGUGUGCAGUCAUUUGAUGCGGAGGGGAGCCUGUGCAGAAGCAACCACUUGCUGCACAUCACCCUAACCAUGCACCGACUUCUCAUGUCCUCCAGUGACCUCCUGGAAAAACUGAUCACUCUUUUUGAAAGUGCUUUGGAGAAGGAAAGCACGGUUGAGUGUCAUAAGAUCUGCUAUUUGAUCAGAUACUGGAUAAGGGAGUUUUGGACAAUGUUUCGAUUGCACAGUAGUCUAUCGGACGCUAUAGAAGGCUUCCGGGAUCUGAUGAGAGAACAGGGCCAGGAGAGAUUGUGCCCCCUCCUGGAGACGAAAUGGAUAGGCGAGAGGGACUGGUCACGAAAGGCCAGCCAGAGGAUAAAGGCCAACAGCAGUAAGAAGAGGAAAGUGUCACUGCUCUUCGAUCACCUGGAGCCCGAGGAGCUGGCUGAGCACCUGACCUACCUGGAGUUCAAGUCCUUCUGCAGAAUAUCAUUUGCAGAUUACCAGAACUACAUACGUAGUGGCUGCAUGAAGGAUAACCCGCUGAUGGAGCGCUCCAUUACCCUCUGUAACGGGAUCUCCCAGUGGGUCCAGCUCAUGGUCCUAAGCCGGCCCACGGCCCAGCUCCGGGCUGAGGUCUUCACCAAAUUCAUCCAUGUUGCCCAGAACCUCCAUCAAAUGCACAACUUUAACACACUAAUGGCAGUGGUGGGAGGCCUCUGUCAUAGCUCCAUCUCCAGACUGAAGGACACCAGCUCUCAUGUACCCAGCGAGGUCACCAAGGUGCUGAAUGAAAUGACGGAGCUGCUGUCGUCCUGUAGGAACUAUGACAACUACAGGCAGGCGUACAGCAGGUGUACAGGAUUUAAAAUCCCCAUCCUAGGGGUUCACCUCAAGGACCUCAUCUCUGUCAAUGAGGCCAUGUCCGACUACGUGGACGACGGCAAGAUCAACGUGCAGAAGCUGCAGGCCCUUUAUAACCACAUCAAUGAACUGAUCCAACUCCAGCAGACACCGCCACGCCUGGACGCCAACAAAGACCUGGUCCACUUACUGACACUGUCUCUGGACCUGUACUAUACUGAGGAUGACAUCUAUGAGCUGUCCUAUGCCCGGGAGCCUAAGAACUGUAAGGCGCCGCCUGCUACCCCCUCAAGACCCCCGGUGGUUGUGGAUUGGGCAUCUGGCGUGGCCCCAAAACCAGACCCCAGAACCAUCAGCAAGCACGUUCAGAGGAUGGUGGACUCUGUAUUUAAGAACUAUGACCAUGAUGAGAACGGCUACAUCUCUCAAGAGGACUUUGAGAAAAUCGCUGCUAGCUUUCCCUUCUCCUUCUGCGUGAUGGAUAAAGAGAAAGAGGGAAUGAUCAGCAGGGAGGAAAUCACAGCCUACUUCAUGAGAGCCAGUGUCAUCUGCUCCAAACUGGGCCUUGGUUUUGUCCACAACUUUCAGGAGACCACCUAUAUGAAGCCCACCUUCUGCGACAACUGCUCUGGAUUUUUGUGGGGUGUUAUUAAACAAGGCUACAGAUGUAAAGACUGUGGGAUGAACUGCCACAAGCUGUGCAAGGACCAGGUUGCUUUUGAGUGUAAGAAAAACACCAAGAGCAGCAGCACCGCCGACAGCAGCCCCACGGCUAGCUCCACUCCCACCACUGCAGGUCCCCUGGGUUCCAGAAGCUACGAGCAGGGGUCAGAAGAGGGACCAUUCACAUACCCCGGUGACGAAUCUACUGAAAACAGUGAACGGGGUAAAGACUGGCACCCUGUCUCUCCCGCUACCCCCAACGUGAAACGUCCCACUGACCAGCCGCUGCGGCCCCUGGGGGUCCACAAGAGCACCCAGACCGAGUGGCCCCAGACCCCGGAGAUCAGCCCUCCUCAGACGUCUCUCCUGACCCCUGGGCCUGCAGCCCUCACUCCUUGCCCCAGCCCGGUUCCCGUGCGCAAACGGGCCUACGCCAAGUGGGAGAACCGGGCGUCCACGGUGCAGAAGCCAAAAGAGCCGGAUGACCAGAACAAGCCAACCUACGAGCAGCUGGAAAAGCAGAAUCAGUCUCUGCAGAAGAGCAACGAGACACUGCACCGGAAGCUCAGGGAGGUGGAGCGAGAGGUGGAAAUUCUGCAGACCCUCCUGAAGAGACACUCCCUGCACCCUGUGGAGGAGGACUCAUCGUCCUAAUGAGGGCAGCCGCGCCUUGUGUACAUAUACUCACACACUGUCAGAGCUGGAACUCCGCCCUCUGUCAUUCUCAGAGCCAGUCACGGCAACAAGGGGCUGGAGCUCCACCCACUGAUUGGCUGAGCCGUGCACAGGAAGAGGUGCAGAGGUUCCCUCAGCGCACACUCCCUGUCACACUGGCAAGGACCAGAGCUCUACCCACAAAGGACACAGCGCCACAGGCCAGACAAAAGACACCAGAGCAUCUCAAAAUUUGAAAACGGGGGCAAGAGCUCCACCCACCAGUGUACAUAAGUAUUUAUAUCAAGAGUGGCUGAAGCUCCAUCAGACGGUAUAUCUAUUCAUGUCAAGAGGAAACUGAGAUCUAUCCACACUGACCAGGCGGCCUGAAGAUCCUCCCAUAAUUAUGUAGCUCUUACAGAGCUACCGCAGUGGGAGCCAUUGUUGGUGGAAGGCUGUACCUGAGAUGGAGAUGCAGUUGUUCAGAGAGUGAGCUUAGCUUCUCAUGACCUGAAAUCUGGUUAGGACUCUUCUAAAACCCAGAUUCAGUGUUGUGUACGUGUUGUCUUGUCCUUGCAUAUAAAUAAGCAGAAACAGAAUUAGCCUAUUAUUUGUUUUAAUGUUUACUCAUGAAGUACUUUCUGUAUGUUUGAUAGGCCUUCUAGCUAUAUUUACUUUAGAACACUACAGGAACAAAGUUAUUGUAAAUAACUGGAGUAUGACAUAUAUAAUGGACUUCAAUGUGCUAACAGGCCAUUAUUAGUGUUGGGGGUUUAUUGCAUUGCUUUAUAUUUGUUACAUUAGAAUGAAAUCCCAGUCCAUGGGCACAUGUUUGUGUGAAAUGUGAAGCCUGUGUUACAGGAAGUCACGUAUAGCCAAUAAAAUUGCAAGAUAACAUUGCGAUAUUCAUUAUAGUCAAUUCAAAAGUGAUUUAAAUUGGCAUGAUUCUAAGCAUUAUCUCAUCACAUGAAGUUAAUAUCAUGUUCAAGCAAAGAUUACUGUUCCUACCUGUGUAUAGCUAUAUGUAAACUGGUUAAUUAAAUGGUAUAAAAAACGUGAAUAUCAAGUGCUUUAACAUUUGAGAUCUGAGACACGUACAAGUAAAAACAUGAAUAGGUAGGACACAUCAUAACCCUGUCAUAUGUGCAGUAUCGGCACAUGGAUUGAAUAUUGAAAAGUUGCAAGUGCAUUGCAGAUAGACUGCACUGUGCUGCAAGCUUAAUAGUAUUCUGUUGCAAUUCACGCUGCACAAGCUGUGUGUAAAUCACUUCCUGUUACACGGGCUUUAUUCUGGUUUGCUGCAGUCAGCAGUGCACACAGGAAUAUUACUGUAACUUUCUGAUUAACUUGGGGCCUUAUUUACAAAACAGUCUUGUGGUCAAAUCGUAUAUUAAAUAGUGCUUAUGUAGAAAACCAUGACUAAGCAGUUAUUUAUAAAAUCCCACUUUGACAUGGAUAUGAUUGUAUCCCUACAUAAAGUUUACACUAGACAUAAGUUAUUUACCGGAUGGUUGUGUGGAGAUACUGCAUGUUUUAGGGCUGUGCGUGAAUCCCCGAAGUGGGCUGUCUGUGCGCUUUAAGAACAACAUGCAAUUUUAGGCUGGAAGAGUGCAAGAAGUGUGAGAAUGUAACCUUAUUUAGAGUCAAAUGGUUGUUAAUGGCCACAUUCACAAGACAUGGUAAAUGUAAGGCACGUUCAUGUGGGAUCAAAUUGAAGUUCAUUUGAGAUUUAUACAUCAUAGGUGCUUAAGGCACAUAUGCGACUUGUGAGCACCAAUGUAAGCAUUUUUUUAAUCUGUUAUUUAAAAAAAUCAAGCAUAAGCACAACUUGGGAAACAAUUUUAAGAUGAACAUUUUUAUUGAUGAGGCCCCAGGUAUUCUCACUGUGCUCCAAGAACCAUUCAUGCCAGUAAUGGCACAAUAAUAACCAGGAACAGUGUAAUUGAAUUGUGGACUAUGUGUAUGUACCAUUAAUGUAAUGUAUGAUUAAAAUACAUUGUGAAUACG